AUGCAGUUUUCCAGCAAGUCCAGCACCUACACCAAACAUUGCGGAAUCAUAUCACUUAACAACAGAUACAUUAUUACACCCAUUGACACUGGCAUCGACGGUAGAUUUAUACUAGCACACGUACAUUAUGCGACGGAAGAGGAACCAAACUCCUCCAACUCCAUAGCCACAAUACUCAACAUAUACGGAAAAGCAGCAUCAAGAAAAGACAACGUGGAAUUCUACACGGAAUUGAUGCAACACAGAUUUUUGAUACACAAGAUUACAACUAUUCAGAACAACAUGAUUAUUUUGGGAGAUUUCAACUACAAAUAUGAGUCUCGCCGAUCUAAUGGAACAGUCGAAGCAACUACAGUCGAAUGGACAGCCUUAUUGGAGGAACAUUUCAUCGAUUGCUUUUGGGAAAACAAGAGCGCCACUUUUCAUGGAUCCAACAAUCUCCAUUACAUCUUGGACUACAUCUUCUGCAACAACACUUCCUAUGGAACAGUUACAGAGUGUACCCAGGAGUUUAUGAACUCGACAUGGACAGAUCAUGAAAUGCUGGUCAUUACUUUACAACUGCAAAAGGAUGCAACACAGGGGCCUGGCGCCUACAAAUGCAAUCCCUUUUUGGCCAACAACCACAAGUUUCGUCGUGAAUUGGUGAUCUUCUUGCAAGGUCUACAGCCGCAAGUUGAGCUCAAGACAGCCACCCAAUCCCCUCAAGAGAUCUGGGACUGGAUCAAAGACGAGUUUAAGGAGCAUGUCCGACAAUUCCAACUGGAAGAAGUCAACUGGCGUAGAAAGGCACUGAAGACGUUACAAGCAAAACGGAAUCGGUGUAUGCGAGCAAAGAAGAACCGGGGACUGAUAUUUCAAGGGCUAGACACCAUCAACCAACAAAUUGGUGCGUUACAAGACUCUAUCGCCGAAAUUGAAGUCCUCAAAUUAGGGAAGUAUUGGAGAGAAAAUGGAGAGAAAAAUGCUGGGUUCUUGAAGAAACUCACCGUAUCUAGACAGAAUCAACGUCAAUUGAAACAACUGAGGCAUCCAGUUACUCAAGAAUUGCAUUCUGAUCAAGGUACUAUGAGCGAGAUCGCUGGCAGCUUUUACACGAAUUUGUACACACCAACUCCACCCGAUGCCAGAUCAAUGCGGCUAUUGUUGGAUCAAAUCACACCUGACAUGCAACUUGACGGUGAACAGCAAUCACUCCUCGAACUACCAGUAGAGCUAGAUGAUUUGUUGUUUGAAUGUAAAAGAUCGCCUAAAUUUGCGUCUCCCGGCAGCGAUGGCAUCCCUUACCAACUCCUCCGGCUGAUUCUCAAGUUCCCGCCCCUCCACUCUCUCAUCACCACGGUCUACAAUGAUGCCCUCACCAAAGGCAUAUUUCCUGCGUCUUGGAACGUCUCCCUCAUGACAAUCCUCUACAAGAAAAAUGACCCCAAUGACAUGGCAAAUUAUAGACCUAUCUCCCUCUGCAACACUGACUACAAACUCUUGACACGUUUGCUUAAUCAUCGAAUGAUGGAAGUCGCUAAGCAACUGAUCAACGAGAACCAAGCGGGAUUCGUACCUGGGCGGUUCAUUGCCCAAAACGCUCUGCGGUGUCAGGUCAUAAUGGAAGAUGCUGAACGAACCAUGAACUUGGCCAAGAAGAACAAUGUGAUACACCAAAUGCCCAAAGCAAUUGGCCUUAGUCUUGAUCAGGAAAAAGCGUACGAUCGAGUUAACCUCUCGUACCUUCAAACAGCACUCAUUACUUAUGGCUUCCCUGCUAAUCUUGUCCGCUGCAUCAUCAACAUGAUGGGCCAAAAUCUCUUGCGCAUCAAUGUGAAUGGUUACUUUACUGAUGAUAUUCCCAAGCUGCGAGGCUUAAAGCAAGGUGACCCCAUUUCCUCUAUUUUGUACAAUUUGGCUAUUGAACCCUUUCUGCGGUCUAUUCUCAAUGAUCCAUUAUACCACGGCUAUCAAAUGCAGUAUGCAACUGACCAUCCCAACUAUAAUGCUAAUGACCCUUUAGUUCAUGUGUCAAAAAUCCUAUGUUACGCUGACGAUGCUUUUGUAUUUGUUCAAGACCUUCCUGAUCUGGCAAGACUCGAGUACCACUUAGAUGUCUAUUGCAAUGCAACCAAUGCCAAGAUUAACUACAACAAGGUCGAAGCUAUCUCGCUCUCUGGUCAAAACACAUGGUCAUAUUGGCAAGCACGACUCUCGGAAAUGAAUAUCACAAAAUUCACAUCCAACAAGGAUUCCAAUCCAGUGAUCUAUCUCGGGUUUCCUCUGCUGCAAUCGGUUCAACAACGUGAAGUAUUUAUCGGUGGUCUUGUCGACAAUCUCCGGACAGCUACCAAAAUCCACAGUGUAAGAAGUCUCUCCGUCGUUGGCAAAGCUACAGUGCUCAACAGUUUGAUUUUGUCCAAAUGCUGGUAUGUACUACGAGUAACUCCGUUUGCUCAAAGUAAUGUCCAAGCUAUCCAGUCCAUUUGCACCAAGUUUCUACGAAAAGGCAUCUUUCCUGUUAUCCCCUGGGCCACAUGGACCAAGCCGAAGCCAUUAGGUGGAUUAGGUGUUCUGGAUGUUGCUCUGCAACAAUCAGCCCUAUACUUUCGUUGGGUUCAACCGCUCCUCCAUCCCUCUGACUCGCCCCACAUCCUAGAUCUCAUGCUGGUCAUGCUAGUGAAUAAGCAAAAUCAGAGUGCGCAUGUGCAGGUUCCGUUGCUCUUUCCCCUCACACGAACCACUGGUCUCACCAAACAACGCACCAACACGGUAACAAUGAUCUACAAAUCAGUUGACCGCCUCAAACGCAUCAAUGAACCAGUUCACCUCAAUAUUGCUACCGCCUCAAUCCUACCUGUCAAAGCCAUUCUGCAGCCGUCUGCCACUGUCUCCAAAAUGCCGAUUAGGGCCACUCAGUUGCAAGUAAAGGAUCUUUAUCAACCCAAUCCUGACCAACCUCUGCAACUCGAAGCACGAAAAGCACCAACCAUCCCAGCUGACAUUCGACGCGCUUGCAAGAAAAUCCUGAAGCAAAUCAACGAGAACAAAGUACAUAUCCAGCCGUACUUUAGCCUCAUGCUACAACCCCCUCAGGGUGGCACCAACCGCACAACCGACAUCUCCUUCAAACCGUUUAUUGACUCCUAUGAUUUCAACAGCCAGCAAGGCCUCACUCGACAGAUUUCAACCAGAACAUUCCGCACAGCAUGCAUCGAGGCUCACACCUCCAGCAUUGCCAGGUCCAACUGGAAUUUCUUCUGGUCUCUGUCCCUGAACCUUGUCCACCGUAAUGUCAUCUAUCGCUUCCUCACCCACACCAUCCCGACCAAACGCCUGCUACACUACUUUGAGAUAGCUGAGUCACCUCUCUGCCCGAUCUGUGGUAACGAAGAAAAUGCUGUACACUUGCUUUUCCUCUGUUCCAGUAAGGCAUCCAUCUGGAAAGCUAUCAUCUUUGAAUUCUUGUGGCCAACCGUUUCGAUUGGUGAUAUUAUCCAAGCCUGUUCCUCUCUUGACUUUGAAAACAUCAAGUAUGUCUCCAAAUCAUACACCACUGCUCACAUGGUCGUACUGGUAACACUUGGCAACAUUUGGCGAGCUCAAGUUCGUAUGAUCUUUCACUCGACUCCAUUUAUAUGGAUCGAUGUGGUCCAGCAGAUCAAGAACGAGCUCCUUCAACUACAUGCCCAAACUGAAAUUCACAAGCAAUUGUAA